UGGAUUUUUGUUCAAUUAUCACAUUUUACGAUUGAAGUGUGGGUGUCAUAUCAAUUUAGAGUUUUUAUUUUGAUUUGUACUUCAUUUGGUGUAAUAUAUAAGCUGUGGAAUGUAUAUAUUUUGAUAUUGACCAAUUUUGCUUUUAAAUUUUCUUGCAUUUGUUGCGUUGGCUACAUUUUCGUUCGGAUCUCUCUUAGGCACCCGAUUUUGGUUCCGAACAAGUUGAGUUUUCAAAUUGACGACAAUCUCCAGCCCAAGUGGAAAGUGAGGAAUUUUAUGAAUACAGAAAUAAAUAAUUAACUUAUAACCUCAAAAGCUGAAAACACGUGGGUAUAAAUGUUGUUAAAAAUAUGUCUAAUAACUCUACAAAUGGAAUUAACGAGCAAAAAUGGGAAAAUUUAGGGGUUACUCUAAGUAAUAGAGUUUUAAAAACUUUAAAGUUACUUAAGUUUCACCAUCCAACUCCAAUACAAGCAGCAUGUAUCCCUAUUUUAUUAAAUGGAAAAGAUGUUGCAGCAGAAGCUGUUACUGGAAGUGGCAAAACGCUAGCAUUUCUUAUACCAUUGAUAGAAAUUCUACAGAAAAGAAGUGAUGAAUGGAAAGCAACAGAGAUUGGUGGUAUAAUUAUUUCACCAACAAGAGAAUUGGCUACUCAAAUAAGUGAAGUAUUGAACUUAUUUUUGAAAGACAUUCCAAAAUUAAAGCAAGUAUUAUUAGUUGGUGGUACUACAGUAAAAGAAGAUGCAAUAAAGUUAAAACAAGGUGCUAAUAUUAUUAUUGCUACACCAGGAAGAUUAGAAGAUAUUUUGUCAAAUUGCAAAGAUGUUAAUUUAGGAAAAGCAGUCAAAUCAUUGGAAUUAUUAGUAUUAGAUGAAGCUGAUAGACUUUUAGAUCUUGGAUUUUCGGCAACAUUAAAUACAAUUUUAAGUCAAUUACCACGUUUACGAAGAACUGGAUUAUUUUCUGCAACACAAACAAAAGAAUUACAACAAUUAAUACGAGCAGGCUUGAGAAAUCCAACAAUAGUUGCAGUUAGAGAGAAAUCUAGUGUUUCUACACCAAUAUCACUAAACAAUUAUUAUGCUAUCGUUGAACCUGAUCAUAAAAUUGCAACUUUAGUUAAUUUUAUAAAAUCAAAAGGCAUUGAUUUAAAAUAUAUGAUAUUUUUUUCUACGUGUGCGUGUGUAGAUUAUUUUGGUCAUAUAAUAAAAUUAAUGUUUCCUGGCAAAAUGAUAUUUUCUUUACAUGGAAAAAUAAAAGAUCGAAGAAACAGUAUAUUUGAAGAAUUUCGUAAUAUUGAAGCUGGUAUACUUAUAUGUACUGAUGUAAUGGCCCGAGGAAUCGAUAUUCCAGAAGUAGAUUGGGUUUUACAGUACGACCCACCAUCUACUGCAAGUAACUUUGUACAUCGUUGCGGUAGAACUGCACGAAUUGGUCAUCAAGGCAAUGCAUUACUUUUCCUUUUACCUACCGAAGAUGCAUACAUUGAAUUUAUCAAACGAAAUCAAAAAGUUGAAUUAGAUAAAUUGGAAUUAAACACUCCUGCAGAGCUUAUUCAAAAAUGUUUAGACUCUAUGAGAAAUUCACAGCUUGAUGAUAGACUUUUAUUUGAUAAGGGCAAUUGUGCUUUCGUAUCAUAUAUACAAUCAUACAAUAAACAUGAAUGUAAUUUAAUUUUAAGAUUGAAAGAUUUAGAUCUUGGUUUGAUAGCAAUGGGGUUUGGUCUUUUACGAAUGCCACGUAUGCCAGAAGUUAAAAAUCGUGACACAUCAUCUUUUAUAGAAAUGAAUAUUGACAUUAAUUCAAUCGGAUAUAAAGACAAACAAAGAGAAGAAAAACGAUUGGAGAAUCUUAAUAUUUAUCGUAAAACAGGAAUUUGGCCUAGCAAGGAUAAACGAAGGAUGAAAAAUACAGAACCUUGGUCUGAAACAAAAAAAAAAAAAGUUGAAAGACAAGAUAAACGUAUAACUAAAAAAGAUAAAAAAAGCAAACGAAACGAAACUAAUGGAUCUGCUAAAUCAAUAAAGAAAAAAAGAAAAGGACCUUCACAAGAAGAUUUAGAUGAAUUAGCUAAGGAUAUUUCAUUGAUAAAAAAAUUGAAGAAAAAAAAAAUAUCAGAUGAAGAUUUUAAUGAAGCUUUUGGAGUAUAAUAUGUACAUAAUUAAGUAUUUAUUUGUUACUUAUUCCUAUUAAUAUACAAAUUUAGAAUAAUAAAAUUCUAAUUACAAACGAAAAGAAAUGGGUGAUUUUUUAAACAUAUUUUAUAAGUAAUUAAUUAAAUUUCAUUAGUUCUUCAAAGUCAAAAAAAUUUCGAAAAGGUUUCGAAUCCUACCAAAGAGGAAAAUCUUUGCCGGCUACUAAAUUUAUCAUAAGCAAGCCGUCAUCCGCAGCUCCGUCUGCGUACAUUAUAUGAUAUUUAUAUUGUUGUUAAAAAUUUCGACGAAACUCCUUUCAUAGUUGAUUUUCGGAAAAAUAACAAUAAUGGUAAAUACUUAUAAGUGUAAGGAAAUAUUUUUGUAGAGGUCAAGUUUGGAUCUUAAAGUUAAAAAACGCGAUUGUUUUCAUUUUUGACCCUGCCGCAACACUUUCGGAGUUAAUAUUCGGAAAAACAGCAGUAAUGGUGGGUGCUUGUUAAUGUAAAGAUCAUUAGUUUCCUAGUUCAAGUCUUACUGUCUGAUAGUUACAAAAAGAGACAUCCGAUCAUACCGGGAAUGAAAAGGUUUUAUAUUUUUUAUUUCAAUCAAUUUAAAAAUGUCAUUUUUUGGAAGAUUUGAUGAGGAAAUCUGCGUACUAUAUUCCUUAGUCUAAUACAGAAAUUAAAUUUCAAAUUGAUUUUACAAUAUUAUUUGAACAAUAAUUAAUGAGUGUUCAUUUUUCUUAUAUUUUCAAUUUAUCGAAGCCACGACGUCAACUGGAAACAUUCUCUUGUAAAAUUACAUUUUUAUCUUUUAAAAUUUGUAAAAAGUACCGUAUAUACUUAAUUGCAAUCUUACAAAAUUGAUUAUCAUACUCCUGAAACGCCAUAAAAAAUUAACUAAUCAAUUGAAAAUAAAGUUAUAAUAGUGUUAAUUAAUGCUUAUUUUAUAAGGUACAACAUGAAUUUUACGAAAUUAAGUUGUGUCUUAUCAUUCAGAAGUAAUUUGUUGAUAAAGCUGCGAAAGUAAAUUUCUUGGAGUUUCUUCUCUAAAUUUUCAAGACAAUCAAAUGAUUAGAAGAAAUUGUAGAAAUAAUAAGUUAUAUAGCGGAAAUUAUAGUUCAUUGCACGAAUUUUAAAACCCAUUUUACAUAAUUGAGCUAUAACUUUCUGUCCAGAAGUUAUUCAAAGAUAAAGCGAUGAAAGGACAUUUUUAUGCAAAUCAAACAUAAUUAAAAAUACCCACAUCUCCCGAAUUAAUUAACCGAAUUGAUCAAGGUAAUCGUCCGAAGAAAAAGUGUACCAAAUUUCACAAAAAUCUGAUAAGAAUUGUAGCCACAAUCACUCGGGCAUAUCGCAUCAUAUCACAUAUAUAAAUAAACUUUUGAACUGAUCGUUUUUUUUCGAUAAAAUAAAACAUAUAACUAAAUUUUUCGAAAAUUGCGACAUGAAUCCUCUACAAUAGCUACAUUUUCCCAAGAGUAAUCAGCUUAAAAUGAUCUUUUACUGAAUAAGUUUCAUUAAUUUCUUUGAAUGUGAGAAAAAGGAUAAAUGAUAUUCCACUUUAAGGUGUGCAAUAACAAUUCAAAUGCACAAUAAAGGAUCUAUCGUGUGUCAGCUCUAUAUUUGUGACAAGACUUCUAUUUUUUAAAUUAUAUUUUAGAUUUUAUUUUUAUUAUAAUAAGAGGCAAUUUUCUAAA